AUGCUGAGAGCGAGUUUAUCGAAGCGAGAGUCUUCAAUAUGCGCUUUCUGCCAACAUCGCCUCUCGCUCCGGACGGCGACGCCACGGAAUAGACGACAGCUUUCGGGGACGAGGAGCUUGAAGGAUAAUGACGGAUGGGGUAACUGGGGAGGCGGCUGGGGUAGCCAACCUAAGGCUCCGGCGCAAUCCCAGCAGGACGAUAUCCUGGAUCCGGCUGAGCUUAUAGCACGCAAGAAACUCCUCGAGAAACAGCAACAGCAACAGCGAGCACAACAACUCCAACAAACCCCCGAACCACCAAAGACCAGAGUUAGUCCGGCUAGCCUCGGGCCAAGAUACAUGUGGAAUGCAGACAAGCAGCAAGCGGUAGAGCAGAGCUUGCGCAGAGAUUCUUUAAGUCUUCGUAACAACAACAUUAUAACUCGUGAUAUUAAAAGGCUUGAUAUCAGCUCAUUCGGCAGGAAGUUGGAGGAAAAAAGCAACGUCACAAGAGAACCGAGCACCGUGACAAAUGUUGCCGAUACUUCCAGUUCUUCAACGAAAGUCAAUGGCAAACCCGUCGCCAAACGUUUAAUUAGAUAUGAAUUUGGAUCAUCCCGGGGUGGUCAUGUUGGUACAAAGCCCGAGAUUCAAAGGAAACUUGGAGAUAAUUCUAUAACCCCAUCAAACCUUUCACAGCCUCUACAAUCACAACCUUUACGGCCACCACCUCUGCAACCUUCGCAGUCUUCGCAACCACCCCAAACUUCUCAGCCUUCACAGCCUUCGCAACCACCACAAACCUUACAACCCCCACUGCCUCCUCAGAGCACUGGUGAAUCAGACUGGGGCAUCACUGGUGACUCGGACUGGGGCAUGUUGGCUAGGAAGCUAACCCCACCAGAACCUGAUAGCGAAAAUUUUUGGGCGGCCAUGACCCAGAAUGGGAAGGAUAAAGAAGAGAAGAAAUCGCAAGCGUCCAACGCCGCAUCGCAGGCUCCGGGGAAGUCAAAACCCCAAGACCCCUGGGCUAAUAUGGCGAGCCAGCUGAACAAAGCGUCGGAACACAAGGAUUCGUAUGACUGGGGAGUGGAAUUGGGUGAAGAAAAUGCCCGAGAGGCGAAGCGUCUGCAAUCCUCGAAAGAAAAGCCGCAGGAGUCGGCGCCCGUAUUAUCUCAGACAGAGCUCUCUAUGGAACAGGGAUUGAAAGGCCAAGAUCGGGUCCGCGACCGUGAUCGUGAAAGACGGUUGUCUCGCUUUGAACGAGAAGAGGACGACUCGCACGGCCGCGAGAAACGCUCGCGCCGGCGUGGUCAAAAACACAACGACGACGACGAAGGAGGAUUCGAUUACGAGGACUAUGCGGAAAGACGUCGAACGAAGGCGCGGCUUAAGGCGCAACGCGAGGCCGAAAGAGUUGGUCCUAGACCUAUCCUGAUACCCGAAUUGAUCAAUAUUAAGGCGCUGGCCGAGGCGCUGAAGGUGGAACCCAAGCUGUUCUUGACCCAGCUCGGCGAGCUAGGCUUUGAGGGAGUAUCAUUGGAUAGUCUUAUGGCUGGCGAGACAGCCGCCCUCGUCGCGCAAGAGUACGGCUUUGAACCGACGGUCGAGGCAGGCGAAGAGCUAGAUCUGAAACCUCGACCUCCACCCGAGGACCCCACGGCCCUCCCGCUUCGGCCGCCCGUGGUUACUAUUAUGGGUCACGUCGAUCACGGCAAGACUACACUGCUGGACUACUUGCGCAAGUCGUCUAUCGCGGCUCAAGAACACGGAGGUAUCACACAGCGCAUAGGCGCUUUCUCCGUCAAGCUCUCUUCCGGUAAACCGAUCACGUUUCUCGACACCCCUGGACACGCCGCCUUCCUUACGAUGCGGCAGCGGGGCGCCUACGUAACCGACAUAGUAGUCCUAGUCGUAGCCGCGGACGAUAGUGUCAAGCCCCAGACUAUCGAAGCCAUCAGGCACGCCCGUGCGGCCAAGGUGCCGAUGAUAGUAGCCAUCAACAAGAUCGACAAGGAAGGGGCGCGGAUAGACCAAGUUAAGAACGACCUUGCGCAAGAAGGCGUCGAGAUCGAAGACUUCGGCGGAGAUGUCCAGGUGGUUUGCGUGAGCGGCAAGACCGGGCAGGGCAUGGAAGACCUGGAGGAAAACAUCCUGACCCUCUCCGAGAUCUUGGAUCACAGAGCCGAGCUCGACGGUCCCGCGGAAGGUUGGAUUCUUGAGAGUAACCUCAAGCCGAUGGGCAAAGCCGCCACUGUCCUCGUCAAACGGGGUACGAUGCGGAUAGGCGACUAUAUCGCGGCGGGUCUCACGUGGGGGAAGAUCCGACAUAUCCGCAACGAAGCCGGUGUCGAGGUUGGCGAAGCGCUUCCGGGCACCCCGGUCGAAAUCUUAGGAUGGAAAGAACUCCCCGCCGCGGGCGACCAAGUCAUUCAAGGCUCCGACGAGGCACGGGUUAAAGCGGCGGUAGAAUAUCGCGAGGGCCUUCGCGAGCUUGAGAAGGACGCCGCCGCCCACGAAGAAAUCUCCGAGUCCCGCAGGCUUCUCCAAGAAAAGCGGGCUCGUGAGAAGGAGCUCGCAGAAGCGGGCGAUUCCUACGAGGCCCUCCCCGAAGAGAAGAACGGUACGAAGAUGGUCAACUUCUCCGUCAAGGGCGACCUCCACGGGUCCGUGGAAGCAGUUGAGGCGUCGAUACUCGAGCUCGGCAGCCACGAGGUGAGGCCACGCAUCCUGCGUUCGGGCACGGGGCCCAUCCACGAGUUCGACGUCGAGCACGCGGCGAUGAGCAAGUCGGUCAUCGUCAACUUCGCGACCACGACGCCAGGGUACAUCAAGCAGAUGGCCGAGGAGCAGGGCGUGAAGAUCUUGGAUCAUACGGUUAUCUAUCACGUAGUGGACGAAGUCAAGGCGAUUCUGAGCACGUACCUCGCCCCCGAGGUCACGAACAAGGUCCUCGGCGAGGCGGAGGUGCUGCAGAUUUUCCCGAUCAACAUCAAGGGUCGCAUGUACAAGAAUAUCGCGGGAUGCAAGGUCAGGAACGGGACGUUGGAGAAGGGCAGGUUGUUCCGCGUGAUUAGGAGAGGGGAGACGAUUUUUGACGGCUAUCUCGAGACGCUGAAACAUCUCAAGAAAGAUGUGACGGAGGUCAAGAAGGGUACCGAGUGUGGCCUCGGCUUCGAUGAGUUCCAAGACUUCGAGAUCGGCGACCAGAUCCAGGCUUACGAGAAAGUCGAGACGGAGAGGUUUUUCUAA